AACCUGAGCUGUCAAAAGUGUAAAUAAAUAAGCGUUGCAAAUUGCAAAUAAAAACUUAGAAUUUCUCCUAAAAUUAAUUACUUUCUUCUUUCAGUUUAAUUGUUGAAACAUUGGAAACCAUUCAAGACAGUUUAAAUAAAAAACCGACAUUUAAGGUUACAAUUUCGUUGCAAUUAAGUGAACCUCACAUAUCCCAAACAACCCCAUUUUAAAUAAUGAGAUAAAAAUUGCAAUGGAAAGGGAUAUAGAACAACUAAACGCGGCAUUAAAUGCUAUAAAAGUAUUGAGAUCUAACGUUAGAAGUGUAUUCGAAUCAGUCAGCAAUGGUUUAAGAGCAGACCACGGCGAUGAAGGCAAAGAAACCAAAUUCAUUUACGAGCUUCAAGAACUUUUAACUACAGUUAACAACAACCUGAGGGAUGUUGAAAAUGCUGUAGCCAAUCUAACUCCUCAAGCGGGUCCUUUUAGUUUAGGCAACACCACCUAUUUGAGCCAAGAAACUACCCAAGAAAGGCAAGCAUUGUACGGACAGUUGGUUAAUAGUUAUAAAUGGACUGAUAAAAUACGAGAAUAUAGUGCAGUAGCCGGUAACAUCCUAGCAGCCAAUUCCUUUAACAAGACUUACAAAACUUACAGUACUGCUAAGCGAAGGAAAACAACUACAAGCAAUCACAAUGUUGCCCCGGAGGUUAUUGAGAAUUUAAUUUCGAGCAUCGAUAGGUUAUUCCCCGAUGUAACUUUCACCCCCAACAGACCUUUAGUACCAAAUCCUAUAAUUCAAGUGUCUUUAGGGAGAGUUUUGAAAGCCAUCAUCGCUUUUAAAGGGCUUAUGAUUGAAUGGGUGGUCGUUAAAGCCCACGCGGAAUCGAACGAUCUUUGGACAGAAUCCAGAUACAGGGUGUUCAAGAGGAUUACGGAGAAUUGCCACGCCGCCAUGUGCCAUUUUCAUUCUCCUUUGAUGCCCGAAUUGGCCGUUCGUUCGUUUAUGCAUUGGUUCCACAGCUACAUAACCCUCUUCAGCGCCCCUUGCAAAAGAUGCGGGAACCAUUUGAAUUCGAAUUUACCACCAACAUGGAGGGAUUUCAGAAGUUUGGAGCCUUAUCACGAGGAAUGCAAAUAAACUACUCUGGAAUAACGAUUUAAUUUUAAGUUAAAUUAUCUUGUAGGUUGGGUCAAACAGUAAAUAAAGUUUUAUAAAUGC